AUGGUUGAGGCAUGCAACCAGAACCGAACAAAGGAUAGCGUCGUCAACGUACGGCAGCCGGUUAAAAAGCUUUAUGCGACCUCCUUGCGCCCGCUGGCGUACUGCUGUGUGCCACAUUGCCGGUCGGAUGGGAAACAAAGAAUUUCUGGUGUUUCUUUUCACGAAAUUCCUGCUGAGGAAACAGCACGGCAGCAGUGCAUAAUGGCUAUACGAAGAGACGACUGGGUGCCCAACAUGACAUCGAACUACUCCAGUGUGUGCAACAAACACUUCAUGGAGACAGACUUCGCAGAGGGGAAACGGCGUCGCCUAAAGAAAGGUGUUAUCCCCACCGUGUUUCCCGACUACAUAUCGUACCUCAGACCAUCACCAUUAAAAGAGAGGACCACUGAAAGCAUCCAGAAACGAUCGGCUUCACAUGUAUAUGCUUCGACCGGUGCUGUGAUGGUGUACUGUUGUGUCCCGUACUGCAAAUCGCGUGCCGGGAAAACGCCGGGGGUUUCGUUCCACCAGUUCCCUGUGGAUCAAGAACUGUGCUCAAAAUGGCAGUGGAACAUUUCAAGGCAGAACCUCGAUAAGAAAGCUGCUUCCCGGAGCCGUGCCAACUGUCUUUGA